AUGGACGAAGCGGAGCGGCGCGCGCGGUUCAAGCCGCGUGAGGAUGCGCUUGCAGUCCGCUUUGCACGGCUCAAGGCAGAGCAUUCACGUCUGCGUGCGGCACAUAUUGCCGCAGGCACGCUGCCCGAUCCCGACAAACCCGGCGCCCUCGAGCAUGCUUCCAAACUCGUCGGAACGUGCGAGGAAAUGUGCCCCGAGUACGAACGCGUAGAGCGCCAGCUCCAGAAAGAGCUUGAUCGGCUCGAGAUGGUGCCGGGAACGAGCGAUGCUGACCCUGGCGCCGCGGUUAAGAUCUACCGCCGCCCUGCAGCGGGCCGCGAACUGCCGCUGCCCGAAGAAGUUCGUCCCGCGCGUGUGCUGCAAAAAACACUCGACUAUCUCUUCCAUGUCUUGCUGCCAGCUGCACCAUGCGACCCCACGUUUGCCAACGUGCAGCCGUUCCUCUGGAACCGCACACGCGCCAUUCGACAAGACUUUAUUGUCCAGAACGAUACGGGGCGCGUUGCCAUUGCAUGCCACGAGCGCAUUGCACGCUACCAUAUCCUGUGUCUGCACUGGAAAGGAGGCGUUGGCGCAGAGGGAUGGAGCGAGCAGCAAGAGCUCGAACAGCUGCGCAAGACACUGCGCAGCCUGAUGGAGUACUACGCCGACCAGCACAAGCUUGGGCGCGCCUCGCCCAACGAGCCCGAAUUCCGCGCGUACAACUUACUGCUCCACGCGCGUGAUCCCGAGACGCUGCGUGAAGUCGAGCUGCUGCCGCGCGCCGUGUUCCGCGCAGAGCCUUUGCAGCUCGCCGUGCAGCUCCGCGCAUUGGCCCAGCGCUCCAACAUCCUCGAGAAGCGCGGCACGCCGCGAAAUACAGCAGCGACACUCAACUUUUUCACACGCUACUUUGACGUGCUGCGGGGAAUGCAUGCUUGGUAUCUGCUUGCGUGCCUUGCCGAGCACAUGUUUGUCAGUGUACGCAUCGGCGCCGUCAAAGCACUUGCCAAGGCGUACAUGCCGCAACACAAUGGCGUUCCCAUUUCUUUUCUUACUAGGGCGCUAGCACUGGACGACGAUGCAGCGUGCACUGCAUUCCUGCAGUCGUUGGGCAUCGAGCUUGUGGAGACCGCUGCCGACGCUACGGCCAAGAUCAACAAGGCCAGCGUGCUCGACGAGGACAAAUCUUUUCCUCCGGCAUUCAGCGCGUGGGUCGAAGCGAAGCGCAACGGCGCAACAUGCCAGGACUUGAUCGAUUGUCCGGUCAUGCUCGGAGCGCAACAGAGCGCGCCGACACCGAGCGUACCGCCGCACAUAAAGCCUGCAACACCGCCGGCGAUUCGCACUGUGCACGCUGCACCUGUAUCAACAACACCCGCCGUACCGCCGCCGCGGCAACACGCUCCUCCGCGCAUUGCUGCACAGCACACCGUGCCAACACUGCCCGUGCCAGCGAGGGCACCAGCACCGCGCCCUUAUACCCAAACGCACCGCGCGCCGGACAAGCUUCGCCUCGCACACACGCUUGCGGCGCGUCUUCUCGCCGAAACGCUUGCGCCGCUGGUGCACCGCGCCGCAAAUGACGCUGCAACGCACGCGGUGCACCAGCGGCGCAUUGCGCAGCGCACACAGCUAAUUUCCAAUACAAGCCAACGCCUCGCAGCGGAACUCUUUGCGGCGCCUGUGCAAGACAUGGCGCAAAACGAAGCGCGCAAUGCCGCUGCCACUGUCUUUGCGCGCCGCCGCGUGUGCCGCGGUGCAUGGGCACAGUGGCAAGCCACGCUCCAACGUGCGCGCGACCGAGCGGCACAAGCCACGCGGCUUGCAUUUCUCCGCGAAAAGCUCGACGUGCUGUACCCAAGCAAAGCCGCGCCUGUGAAAAAGCAGGCCAAGCUGCAGCGCCCGUCGGAGCGCGAAAUGACGCAUGCAUACUCCACUGUAGCCUUGCGCCGCGAUCGGCUCUGGCGGCGCGGCACAUUUAUCGAUGCCUUGCUCGCACAUCUGUAUGUACUUGCGCUCGACAUUCCGCCCCCCGACGAUGCGUCUUUUACUGCAGCGCUCUGCGUCGACGACAAUGACCGCGGCGCUUCGUGGCUCGUACGUAAAUUUGCGCUUGAGCACGGUGCACAGCUGCUUACUGUCGACAACGCACGCGUUGCACUCCUCGCGAACCCUGCCUCGCUGCAGCGCGCGCAGCUUGUGUUUUUUGCGUGCGGCCACGCAGUCGAGCCACGGCUCGCAGCGGCGCAGCGCGCGCUGGUCCACGGCACGCUCCCGAUGCUCAUGCUCAUUGCGUGGACGCGUGCAGAAGUACACACUGCAUGCAAGGCGCUCCAUCGCGCAUCUUGGUCGCGCAUUCAGGUGCUCCUGCUCGACGACGCAGCGCACGAUGCAGAUACCCAAUUUUCCCACACACUCGACGCGCUCGUCGUGCAUCCAGUGUGGUGCAUGGAUUCUGCGCCGAGCUACGACACGGCUGUGCGGCCGCUAUACGAUGCUUGGUACACAGCCGUCGGCACACUCGCACGGCUCGCUUCGGAAAUGCCAAACGCCGCACACGCAUUUGCCCUCGCGACCGCGCUCACAAACUUGUUUCUGCGCGACGUUGCGGCACAGCUUGACGUAUGCGCGCCCCAGCUCUCCAUACCUCUCCACGGCACCUUGUAUACUAUGGCGCGCGCACAAGCCGCGUCGACGCCGAGUUUGGCGUUGCAGCACGCCGCGCUCGCAACCAAGGACGCAAACUCCUUCUCGCUGCUGGACUAUAUGGACCACGUUCUAUCUAUCCUGCUGGUACUACUCGCACGCGAUACCAUGCCACAGAUACCCGCGGCAGACGUGCAGGAAAUGGCCAAGCUCGGCGCGCUGGCCAUCGCCGAAAUCAGCGCGCGCGCCGCGCCGAGCGUGCCGACAAAGCGCCCUGCGGAAAACACGCACUCGCCACCCAACAAGCGCACUGCGAUAGCUCCGAAGCGCGCCGCGGCGUCUCCUGCGCACGACACGCCGCUCAGCACGCUGCGCUCCCUCGUCGCAUCCACCGCAGCGCUCCUCCCUAGCCCUCCGUAG